GAGCUGCUAGGGUUAUGGACUGCAUUGAGUUUCGUAGCUUCAGGUGUUCGUUGACUGUUAGAGCGAGGUGUGGAGCGACCUGAGGCUUGGAGGUCGGUUAGAACAUGAUUUGAAGUAGGAAGUAGAGUGAACCGGAGAGUUUAAAGUGGCGGCAGGAAGAGUGGAAUUGGAAGGUGAGGGUAGACGAGGCAGAAUCAAGCUUCUUUGAACCGAAGCCCCAUUCCAGUUCAACAUGGCUGCUCACAAUCAAGCAAGCAAUCUGACCUUUGGUUGCGUUGCCGCGCUCCAAGUGGUGAAGGCUAGAGACGCAAGUGCACGGAGGGUGAAAAUGGCGGCUGUGGAGUCGGGCUUGGCUGGUGUGCAGCUCACGAAAGUGAGGCCUGGUGCGGAUGUCCUGAAGAGGGCAAAGAGGAAGAGUGUGGUGUUCCAGGCUGUAUUUACCGAGAGUGAGCCGGAAGUGAACGUUGCCAAUGACAUCUCCCAAGAAAUCAUUGGAGCAGAGUCUCAGUAUUUUGUUCAAACAUAUGCUAGGUCUCCUGUGGUAUUCGUUAGUGGGAAAGGUUGUAAACUGUAUGACGUCGAAGGCAACGAGUAUUUAGAUAUGACAGCAGGGAUUGCUGUGAAUGCUCUUGGACAUGGAGAUCCGACCUGGGUUAAAGCGGUUACUGAACAGGCAGGGAAACUCGCUCACGUUAGCAAUCUUUUCCAUACCGUACCUCAGGUGAAACUAGCUGAACGACUUGUGAGAUCAUCUUUUGCCGACCGGGUAUUUAUGGUCAACUCUGGCACCGAAGCUAAUGAAGCUGCAAUCAAAUUCGCACGGAAGUAUCAUUAUGCUUUGGCAAAGAGUAACGGGGAUACGGCACAGGGAGCCACAGAACUUGUAGCCUUCACUAAUGGUUUUCAUGGCCGGACUCUUGGAGCCCUUUCACUUACAAGUAAAAUACAAUAUAGGACACCUUUUGAACCCCUAGUGCCGGGUGCUAGUUUUGUGAACUUUGGAGACUUGGAAGCAACUAGAGAAAUAGUUGCUGGUAAGACAGCAGCUGUAUUUGUCGAGCCUUUGCAGGGCGAAGGAGGAAUAUGCCCCGCCACUGCUUCCUUCCUCAGGGGGCUUCGUGAACUUUGCGACGAAACUGGGACCCUUCUUGUUUUUGACGAGAUACAAUGUGGGUUGGGUCGUACCGGCCGCCUUUGGGCUCAUGAAACUUAUGACGUGAGGCCUGAUAUCAUGACGCUAGCAAAGCCUUUGGCUGGUGGCCUACCCAUUGGAGCUGUACUUGUAACAGAUAGGGUAGCUUCAAGCAUAGCAGCUGGUGAUCACGGUAGCACAUUUGCUGGAGGUCCUCUCGUGUGCCAUGCUGCACUUGCUGUGUUAGACCGCAUUCAGGCUCCUGGCUUCUUGGAGAGUGUAGCUGAGAAGGGUGCGUAUCUCAAGUCGCAACUGAACGAGAGGCUAGGCAAGAAUUCCCAUGUGAAGGAAGUACGAGGUGAGGGCCUCCUCGUCGGCAUUCAGCUUGAUGUUCCUGCCUCCCCGUUAGUUGCUUCUGCCCUCAAGGAAAAACUUCUCAUUCUCACCGCUGGUAAGGGUGACGUUGUCCGCCUAGCACCUCCCCUAAUCAUCUCCAAGCAAGAAAUUGACCAAGCUGUUGAUAUUCUGGUGAAGUGCAUGCCCUCACUUAAGUAGUAUGUCAAGGGUACCCUGGUACUAUGGUCUUAGUGUCUGGGUUAAUGUCCUGAUCAAAAGUAGUCAAUUAUGUUUUCCCUGACACUGCUUUCUCUCGUACUUCUGAACUGCGAGAAGGACCUUAGGGUCGUCUUGAGAGAACCAGAUUUGUAAGACUUAGCUAUAUUAUUCUGGAUAUAUAAUCUAGAAUCUGUUUACUAUUGUAGUACAAUCGAAUAUUUUCAUUGAUCACUAAGCCUUGUAUGCCAAAAUUUUGAUACAAUGGGGUUACACUUUACCGUA